UGUCGUCGGAGCCGCACGCCUUUACCACGAUAAAAGCUUAUCGUACCCGAGCUUUGUCUUAUUUAUAAUGAAGUGUCAUCUGUUUUGCAACAUUGCAUUGUUCUCGUAUAGUUGUUGAACCAGUGCUAGUGAGUGUUUGUAAAAGAAGGAUCUAUUAUCGCUGAACAGUGGUUAACGGUUUUGGUAGUGCCGGUUUCGUUUAUUAUUAACUUAAGAUCCGUGAUUGUGUUUACAUUUUACUACGGGAUGUUUCAGUUGCAUUAGCAUCUACUAAAUAUCAAGAAGCGGCUUGGCGCGGUAGCGGGCGGACCGCGCCAUGGGUAACAAGUGCUGCAGCCGCCGCCACGACCCCGACAGACCCCUGGUGUACCCAGCAUACAAGAAGAACGAGGCAGCCUUCACGGCAUGUCCCUCACUGGAGACACGGUACACGGGCGAGCCCAACAACCGGGUGCGCGCCAACCACAACGUCGACUUCGUGCGCGCGCGCAACCCGGGCAAAUGCAUAUCCAAUGGCGGACGUCGCGUAGUCAAAGCGCUAUGCGCGUACACAGCGCGCGCGGACUCCGACAUUUCGUUCAGAAAGGGAGACAAAAUGGAGGUGCUAAACGACGCCGAGCCGGACUGGUGGCGGGUUUUGCACCUUACUACCCGGAGAGAAGGCCUAGUUCCCGUCAACUUCGUCGCCGAGGAGAGUUCAGUUGAAUGCGAAGAUUGGUUCUUCCCCCACGUGUCAAGAAAGGAGGCGGAUAAGCUUCUUCUAGCCGAGAGCAAUCCCAGAGGGACCUUCUUAGUGAGGCCAGCGGAGCACAAUCCUCACGGGUUUAGUCUAAGCGUCAAAGACUGGGAGGAAGGAAGAGGGUACCACGUGAAACACUAUAAAAUCAAACCGCUUGAUAAUGGAGGCUUCUACAUCGCGACCAACCAGACUUUCCCCAGUUUGCCGGCGCUUGUCAUGUCCUAUACGAAGAACGCGCUAGGCUUGUGCCAUGUGUUGGCGAGGCCGUGUCCGAAGCCCGAGCCACAGAUGUGGGAUCUGGGCCCGGAGCUCCGGGAUAAGUGGGAGAUACCAAGGAACGAGAUACAACUCAUCAGGAAACUCGGUCAAGGCAACUUCGGCGAGGUCUACUAUGGGAAGUGGCGGAAUAAUAUUGAGGUCGCCGUAAAGACCCUGCGAGAAGGCACGAUGUCGACGCAAGCAUUCCUUCAAGAGGCAGCCAUUAUGAAACAAUUCCGACACAAGCGACUGGUUGCCCUUUACGCGGUAUGUUCUACGCAGGAGCCAGUGUAUAUCGUGCAGGAAUACAUGAGCAAAGGAUCGCUGCUAGAGUUCUUAAGAAACGGGGAAGGAAAGUUCUUGCAGUUUGAAGAUCUCGUCUAUGUUGCCGCGCAGGUCGCCUCCGGCAUGGAGUACCUCGAAUCAAAACUACUAAUACACAGAGACUUAGCAGCUAGAAACGUGUUAAUAGGUGAAAAUAACAUAGCUAAAAUAUGUGACUUUGGACUCGCGCGAGUGAUCGAAGACAACGAAUACUGCCCGAAGCAGGGGUCGCGGUUCCCAGUCAAGUGGACGGCGCCCGAAGCCAUCAUCUACGGCAGAUUCUCCAUCAAAAGUGACGUCUGGUCAUACGGAAUACUACUUAUGGAACUGUUCACAUACGGCCAAAUACCCUACCCAGGUUUGCACGGCAAAGAAGUCAUAGAACAAGUCGAAAGAGGAUACAGGAUGCCCAAACCGGUAGGGCAUUACCUGCCCGACGACAUAUACAGAUUGAUGCUCCAAUGCUGGGACGCGAUACCCGAGAAACGACCGACAUUCGAGUUCCUAAACCACUAUUUCGAGUCGUUCACAGUGACCAGUGAGAUACCAUACAGAGAAGUGCAAGACUAGUGCUGUGAUAUAGUGAAAUAGUGCAGACGAUGACAUGUGUAAGGUCCUUUUUAGCGAAUCAACGAAUUGUAGUGUGUGCGGGCCAUUCCAUUUUAGUUUAACGGGAAUCGGUAAGCAUGAACCUUUGAGAAAUUGUAUAAAUGUAAAUUAUUUAUUUUUCUGAAUCAAGUAUUUAUCGCGGCGACAAUUUAGAAAGACAAUGUUCAAUAAGAUUUGAUAAUGGCCCGUCACACGCAGUGCUACGAUUCAUUUUUUGGUAUUUUUAUACUCAAAAGGCAACUAAAAGAAUACAGGAAAGUGUGAGCUUGUCCUUAUUGUUAGCUUUCACUUUGUUCCAUGUUCAUUUCAAUCGAUAAUUUGUGUGAAAGGCAAAGCAUUAGUGACUAAGUAGAAAUGAAUGAAAAACUAAGCGUAAGUCCAUUAAAAAUCGUAAGUUUUAAGUCAUUGUAAUCCGCAAACACUUCUAUUUUCUUAUUUAUUAGCUAACAGUAGCUUCUAAGCACAAGUAGGGUAUUGUUUUGCAUUUUGUACAAAAACGGUUCACUACGACGUAAGCAAUAAGGUAAAAUCUAGUGACAUGAUAUUUUCGUAGAUUAAAAAAGUGAAAUGUGAUAUUUUUUUAUCACCUUAGGCCCAAAACGUGAGAUCUCAAUCCUACGAUUUCCUAAAACUGUUCGGUGUUAGAACGGCUAUUUAAAUCUAUAUAAAUUUAUAAAACGACACUUUCAAACUUAUCACGUACAAAUUACUGCCAAUUGCCAAGCUCUUUAUCGAUUCUGUUGGUUUUAAAAUUUAUUAUAAAACAGGGCUCCUUUGCAAAACUAUUUAGGUACUUCACUAUAGAAAGAUUGGAUAGAUGGUUUUGUCAAAAUCAAGAGUGCAAUAAACACAAUGUUCAAGCCUUUGCAAAGGGGCAGACCCUCAUGUAAAAAGACAAGUAAAGCUAGCUUUAGGACCAUAUACCAAAGAGUUAAUUGUACAUUAAGAGUGAUAGAGUAGUCGGGAGAAUAUUAUGUAUAUUGUAUUUUAUUUGUAUUCUUUAUAAAGCAAUCAAUACUGGCUAAGGAAAAGUGAUGAGAGUGUUUUGUUAAAAUAUUCAAAAAUCAUUUUUAUUUAAAACAAUUUUAUUAUAAAGACCAAGGGUGGGGUGGACGCGCUAUCCAAGACUACUGGAUGCAUAGACCAGUCAUGUUGCAAUUCAGUCGGUGAGUGUAUGUGCGAUGGAAAUAUUAAUUGUCUAAAGGCUAUGCUUCCAAUAGCCUAGGUAUUGUCAUACAUAUUGUUUUAAGUUUACGCGGUUAUUAUCAUAAUUAAAACACAUAUUAACGGGUUCUUACCGCGUUUAAAAUGGCGAUAUGAGAUUCCCGAUAUUUCGACACUGUUGCAAGUGCCAUGAUCACGGGAUGACUGAUGAGAUUGGAGUGGAGUAGGUAGAUCCAUAAUUUUCUUCGGGCAGAAAUAUCGGGAGUCUCAUAUCGCCAUUUUAAACGUGGUAAGAACCCGUUAUUAUGUGUUUUAAUUGUCAUACAUAUUUCCUAAGUAAAGCUUAAAACAGGGGGGGUUAAAAAGGCCGCAUUGAAGUAAUUCAUCUCAAAAGCAAUAUUGUAAUUUGACAUUUGCGCAUAUAAAAGUAAGUGCGCAAUGUUAACAAUCGACGAAAAAUUGCUUUUUUCGAUGAAUUGCUUCAAUGUGGCGUUUUUAACCACCAGAACAGUUUUUAUAGCCAUGUGUAACCCUUUAGAAAACCCCUAUGACAAAACUAAGGCCUUGUUUAUGGUGACAGGACGCAAUCAGUUGCGCGGUGAAUUCAAACAUAAGACGAUGUAUAAGAGUUUCCAUAGCCACUCAAAUCGUCGUGUGUCAAUAAACCCGGCCUCAGUCGCACAAAUUGAAUAAAUCUGUAGUUAAUAUCUAGAAUUGGUACAAUAGAAUCUGUCUUUAUUACGAUUUUGAUAUAUAAAUGCUCAUAUUCUUUUCUAGUUCCUUUUUUAUAAAUCAAUGUUGAAUGAUAUAUUUUGUAGUAUUCCUUUAUAGCAAUUCGAGUAUACUCGAAGGAAAUCGUCAAAAAUUGUCUACGUGAGACCAUCAGUAGAUAUGCAGACUAGUUAAACCUUAUCUCAAGUACUUAAGGUUUAAAACUUUGCCGUAUGUUAUGUAUUGAUUCAGUGUUUUAAAACUUAUUUCACCGUCUGUCUCAUAAUUUGGUGCAUUUCCUUCAAGUAUACUCUACAUGUAAAUAAGUUUUACAAUCACCAAGACAAAGCUGUCAUUACAAUGUGACAAUUUUCAGCGGACAAAACGUAAUUUUAGUUUGGUUUGACAGCUUUUUAGAGUGCCAACCUUGACAUAUGUCAUGCAAGAAACAGAGGGCUUGUUUUUCUGUCGCACUAAACUAAAAUUGAAUUUUGGCCUACAGACCCGAGGGGUUAAAAAGGGGUCAAUAUUGCUAUUUGACAUUUGUUUGCAUUGCGCACUUAUACGCGCAAGUGUCAAAUUGUAAUAUUGCUUUUUUAGAUAAAUUGCAUCGAUGUGGCCUUUUUAACCCCGUGACGUCAUUGAUUGACAAUCAUGUUAUCCGCUAGGGUAUUUAUUGGUACGCCAUUGUGGGCAAAAGGGCGGGAGUAGGAACAUAUUUAAU